AUGGGGGUGGGUGGAGAGGUGGGUAACGACAACGAGGGCGAAGGCGAGGUGGCGGAGGAGGGCAAAGGGGUGUUUGUGGGAGCAGACAGGAAUGUGGGCGAGGGCGAGGCAGUAGAGGAGGGCGAGACGACGAGGCGACGAGGCGGAGGAAGCCCCGACCCCUCGGCGUCCCUCUCCGCCGAUCGCCGCCGCCCUGAGCCGCCCGGAGCGCCGCCGCUGCCGCUCCAGCCGCUGCUGCAUCCUGCAGCUUCCCAGCCCGAGCCCAGGCCGGGUCUAACCCGCGGCCUCCCCGCGCGCAGCCACCGCAUGAGCCUGCUCCCGCCGCCGUCCUCGGAGUCUCGGCGGCCCUCCCCGCAGGUCGCCGGCGCCCCUGCGGGCCGCCACCGCCGCCUCGGCCGGCAGCAGUCGCCCCAGCCCGAGCUGAGGUCUCUGUGCGCCCUCUCCUCCGCGCCGCAGCCACCUGGGGUAGCUUCCGCGGCCGUCUCCUGUGUUCCCCCCGACCUUCCCGGCCGGUCGCCGCCGCCCUUCGGGCCGUCGCCGCCGCCCUGA